CUUUCCGCCUCUCUCCCCUCGCCCCGGCCUGCGAGCCAGCUCAGCCCGGCGGGCGCCGAGCGGGACCAUGUCGGGCCAGGAAGAAGAGGAGGAGGAGCAGCAGCGGGCCAAGGAGAUCCUGAGGGGGUUCAAACUAAACUGGAUGAAUCUCCGGGAUGCAGAAACCGGGAAAAUUCUCUGGCAAGGAACGGAAGACCUCUCUGUCCCCGGAGUAGAGCAUGAAGCUCGAGUUCCUAAAAAAAUUCUGAAAUGCAAGGCUGUAUCUCGGGAGCUAAAUUUUUCCUCCAUGGAGCAGAUGGAGAAAUUCCGCCUGGAACAGAAAGUUUAUUUCAAAGGACAAUGUCUAGAAGAAUGGUUCUUUGAGUUUGGCUUUGUCAUUCCAAACUCCACAAACACUUGGCAGUCUUUGAUAGAAGCAGCUCCAGAGUCGCAGAUGAUGCCCGCUAAUGUUCUCACCGGGAACGUUAUCAUAGAAACCAAGUUUUACGAUGAUGACCUCCUUGUCAGCACUUCCAGAGUAAGACUGUUCUACGUUUGAGAGCAGGCCAGGGCAGGGCUCGGGCCUGGCUUAGUUCCUCCCCUUACCUGAUUCCCGGUGCCGAGUCCCCACCUCCCCCAAAGGCAUCAGUUGGAUGGAAGACCCUUUAGGAGGUAUGGAGCAUGGAGAGACGUGUGUCCCUGGCCCGUCCUCUGUUGUCCUUCUGCCUGGACAAGGCCCCGCUGCAGCGCCUUCUAGCCAUCCGUUUGGAAAUUGGGUGAGGGAGGGGAAGGACUCUCUUGGGCACCCAAAUGGGCAAGAAGGAUCAAGAUUGUAAAUGAUACUUAGAGUUUUUUUUAGAUCUUUAUAUGUCUCUGUACUUAGUAGCCUCCUUGGUAGGCUGUCAGUUCAGUUCUUCAUUGGUUGUUUAUUUGUUUUAAGUUAACUUGCUCUGCUCCCCGUCUCUUUUUCAUUUUUUAAUUCCCUGUCUUCUCUCAGUUUAACUGGUCCAGACUCAUUUCUUCCACCAUUCUGUUCCUUCAACUUGUAAAAUAGACUGCAAUAUUCUUACAUAAUGUAAUUAAAAUAAAUUUCUGAAUGAAAA